AUGCCUACUCGCAAGCCUCUCGCGCCUAAGCUAGGCACUAAGAGAAGACGAAACGACGAGAACGAUGAUGACACAGGAGAUGCAUUGCUCCUCCCUCCACUAGCACCACCCAUCGAUCCCCGCGCCCGGGCAGAACGCCUAGUAAAAGCAGAGAUGGACAAAUGGAUUGUGGCGCUUGACACCAACAACAUAUUGUUGGGACCGUUGGGCGGAGAUGGAACGCAAUUGAAGAUGCCUAUCUGGCAUCCAGAUGGUCGAGUGCUUACAUGGAGCAAGCUGGCGGAAGAGCUUCUGUAUUCCUGCGUCCCAGUUCUUGAUACUCGAUUCUACAAGUACAAUGGAAUAUAUACGUUGCUGACAGCAAAGAAGAUGGCGAGUAAAAUCGCCGAAUGCAACGCGCCGCAAGGCCCAGAAAAUUGCUGGAUGUUGCCUGGUCGCGCUACCGAUACGGCGGGCUAUGUGAUCAAGAAGGUUAACUCGCAUGGCGAGGGUAACAAGUGGGGAGUCCAUCGGCAAGUCACUACGAUCCCCAGGAGCGACAGAAGAGCUAACAGAUAUAGGAUCCUAUACUAUCUCAAAAAUCCCAUGGAUAUAGGUCGGGCCCAUGGCCUAGAAAUCGCUCACCGGUGCCGAGCAGGCAGAUUCAACCACGCCGCAGGUGUUAGCAUCGCGUGUGUUAACCCCAACCAUCUACUCCUCACCACCCACGCCAUCAACCUCUUCACAAUCAAUGUGCCAAUGGGUGUGCGCAAUUGUGCCCGCACCAGCCAAAGUGUUUGUGGGUGGAUGCGUUUGGGAAGAGGUUGUUGUGCCGGGAUAUGGUUCGUCUCCCAGCUGUUUGUACCUCCGGAAGAGGAUGUUGGUGACCGAAUUCUGUUGCCUCGACUACUAUUAUACGUUGCGUUUGCUCUGGUUUUGAAAAGUGUGAAUAACUGCUUGCUGGGCUUGCCUAUGGCCUAUUUUUACCCGUUGGGCGGUGCACAUUAG